AUGGCUGCGUCCCCCACGGGGUCGGCGGUGAGCGCCGGGCUGGACGAGAGCCCCACGGGGCUGAGCCCGGCUCCCGGGAAGGCGCUGAGCCCGGUGCUGCUGUGCAAGGUGUGUGGGGACACCAGCAGCGGGAAGCACUACGGCAUCUACGCCUGCAACGGCUGCAGCGGCUUCUUCAAGCGCAGCGUCCGCAGGAAGCUCAUCUACAGGUGCCAGGCGGGGACGGGGCUGUGCCCAGUGGACAAGGCUCACCGCAACCAGUGCCAGGCCUGCCGGCUCAAGAAGUGCCUGCAGGCUGGCAUGAACAAGGAUGCUGUGCAGAACGAGCGCCAGCCCCGCAGCACGGCCCAGGUCCGGCUGGACAGCAUCGAGCUGGAUGCAGAGCUGCCCCCUGAGCACGUGGCCACCACACGUGAGGUGACCCCAUCGCCCUGUCCGGCUCCUCGUGCUCCCGGUGCUGCUGUCGCUGUCGCUGUCACCCCGGGUCCCCGAGCGCCCACACCCCCCACCAAUCAUCGCUUCAUGGCCAGCCUGAUGACAGCUGAGACCUGCGCCAAGCUGGAGCCCGAGGACGCCGAUGAGACGGUGGAUGUGACGGGCAGCGAGCCGGAGCGGGCGGCCRGCGAGUACCAGGUGGCGCCGUACCCGGCAGCCAGCCCCGAGAACAUCUACGAGACCUCAGCUCGCCUCCUGUUCAUGGCCGUGAAAUGGGCCAAGAACCUGCCCGUCUUCUCCAACCUGCCCUUCCGUGACCAGGUGAUCCUGCUGGAGGAAGCGUGGAGCGAGCUGUUCCUGCUCUGUGCCAUCCAGUGGUCCCUGCCCCUGGACAGUUGCCCGCUGCUGGCUGUCCCCGAGCCGGCCCCCGGGAAGCUGCUGCCGGCCGCCCUGGACAUGCGGGCGCUGCAGGAGACCCUGGGCCGCUUCAAGGCGCUGGCCGUGGACCCCACGGAGUUCGCCUGCAUGAAAGCCGUGGUGCUCUUCAAACCAGAGACCCGCGGCCUCAAGGACCCCGAGCAGGUGGAGAACCUGCAGGACCAGUCGCAGGUGAUGCUGGGCCAGCACAACCGCUCCCACUACCCCGGGCAGCCCGUCAGGUUUGGGAAGCUGCUGCUGCUGCUCCCGGCGCUGCGCUUCAUCUCCUCGGAGCGCGUGGAGCUGCUCUUCUUCCGCCGCACCAUCGGCAACACGCCCAUGGAGAAGCUGCUGUGCGACAUGUUCAAGAACUGA